AUGGCGACCACGCAGAUCGUCCUGCCAGGGGACAUCAUCCCGGCAACUCAACUGCCUACAUCACAAAAACGCAAAAUAGGCCGAGGCCUCAAGCAAGACGCGGCAACGCACGAGUACAUGGCAACGGUAGGCGGACUGUUGGAAAUCGACUUCCGCAGGAAAGCAGCUCAGGUUUCUACGCCGUCCGCGCGCUACGUGCCCAAGCCAGGUGACUUGGUGAUUGCGCAGGUGCGCGGGUCGUCGGUGGACUUUUUCCACGUCCACAUCAACGCGCAUUCGCCGCCGGCCGUGCUGCCACAGCUGGCGUUUGAGGGCGCGACCAAGAAGACGCGGCCGAACCUGAAACCGAACGACCUGGUCUACGCCAAGGUCGUUUCGGCGCAGAAGAACAUGGAGGUCGAGCUGAGUUGCGUCAAUCCGAGCACGGGCAAGGCGGAGCCGGAUGGUCUCGGCCCCCUGACGGGCGGAGGGAUGGUGUUUGACGUGAGUCCCGGGCUGGCGGAGCGGUUGAUCAAGAAGAUCGCCGUGGUGGCUCUGGACGACUUGGGCGCCAGGUUGCCCGGGGGUUUCGAGAUCGCCGUCGGUUGCAACGGCAAGGUCUGGGUCGAGUGUGCCGAGGCCGGCGUGAGGGGCACAUGCGCCGUGGGCAGGUGUCUGAGGGAGAUGGACGAGUUGGAGUUGACCGAGAAAGACCAGAGGAAGCUCGUCAAUCGAAUAAUAGCAGAUUUUGAACGUGGAUGA